UGUGCUGAGAAGAGCGCGCAGGGAACGAUUUGGAGGCGCUUGAUACUUAGCGGAUACAUUUGAAUGGGCUCUUAGACUUUGAGAAACGCGAUAAGGACAUCUGGGAAAUACUCCGAGCUACAAGCAACACAAUAUCAAGUGACAGUGUGAGAUACUGGAUAAAGGACAAUACUGAGAUAUUUUGGAAUCAUGCAACACUACGGAGUGAACGGAUACUCUCUCCACGCCAUGAACUCAUUGAGCGCCAUGUACAACCUGCAUCAACAGGCGGCGCAACAAGCGCAGCACGCGCCUGAUUACCGGCCGUCCGUUCACGCGCUCACCCUCGCGGAGAGACUGGCUGAUAUCAUACUCGAGGCUCGCUAUGGCUCUCAACAUCGCAAACAACGCCGCAGUCGCACCGCUUUCACGGCCCAGCAGCUGGAGGCUUUGGAGAAGACGUUUCAGAAAACGCACUAUCCAGAUGUUGUGAUGCGGGAGCGCCUGGCCAUGUGCACCAACCUACCCGAGGCACGUGUGCAGGUAUGGUUCAAGAACCGCCGUGCAAAGUUUCGCAAGAAGCAGCGAAGCCUCCAAAAAGAGCAACUGCAGAAGCAGAAAGACGUCUCGACAGACGGAGCCCUAGGAACAAGCGAUAAGGAUGAUGCCCCCUCCAACCUAGCUCUUGAGAACCAGCCACCUUCGUCAUCCUCUUCUUCCUCCUCUAUGGAAGCAGAGGCAGCUCCCCAUGCACUGGCAUCAGAACUUAGCGUUGAGCUUAACGUGACAUCGGCAGAGCAGUCAGGCAGCGAGUCGGCCACAGAGGACAACGCAACCGACAAGGAGGAGGAGAUAAAGCAGCACAGAGAAGUUUUGAAGGUUGAGAAAGAACCAACACCUGGAAACCUUUCACCUCUUUGCAAACGUCUCACCCCCAAACCAGACUCUCCUCUUGGUUCCCCGGCCAUCUCAUCUUCCUCUAGCGGGGUGACCGGCGGGAUCUCUCAGAGUCACUCGUACUCCUCGUCUCCGCUCAGCCUCUUCCGUCUGCAGGAGCAGUUUCGCCAGCACAUGGCCGCCACCAACAACCUGGUUCACUAUCCGUCUUUCGACAUGGCGACCCCGUCGUCUAUACCAUACCUGGGCAUGAACGUCAACAUGCCAGCGCCCCUGGGUUCCCUCCCCUGCCAGUCCUACUAUCAGUCCCUAUCUCACCACGCGCAACAAGUUUGGAACAGCCCCCUGAUGCAGACCUCUGGAGGCCUUCCUAACCACAACAGCAAGACCACCAGCAUUGAGAACCUACGCUUGCGGGCCAAGCAGCACGCGGCAUCACUGGGCCUGGACACGCUGCCCAACUAAACAGGAAUCUGAAAACUAGCUGAGCAAGGAAACAUCUCUCUACCACUACCAACAUGCCACCUGGACUUCUCAAAUUAGAGUCAAUCUUUGGAAACUAAAAAAAAAAA